AGCAGACACUGUGACGAGUACAUCGACACCAAGAGAGACUCACUCCAACUGGAUGAGGUAUGUGAACUGUGCCCGUAAUGAGGAGGAACAGAACCUGGUGGCGUUUCAGCACCGAGGAGCCAUCCUGUACCGCUGCUGCCGGCCGCUGGCGCCGGGGGAGGAGCUGCUGGUCUGGUACGGAGAGGAGUACGCCAGAGACCUGGGCACCUCCUUUGACUACCUCUGGGACAGCAAGAGCUCCACCAGAGGACCAAGGAUAGAGUUGUCCCAGACUCAGGUGUUCUCCUGCUCCCAGUGUCUUCUCUCCUUCACCACCCAGAUCUAACUUCACAAGAACAUCAAGAGGUGCCACCAUGAUCUGUACGUCUCUCUGCUGAGGAGUGGAGAGAUCAGACCAGAGACUCUGUCCUCCUCUCGACCAUGCCCCAACACCAUUUCCUCCC